UGGUAGUCGGGUGGGCAGUGCCGGGCAGGUUAGAGAAGCAGCACGCGAUGGGGCAACGUCGGCUCUUGGGCCAUUCGCAGCGGUGCUUUCAAUGGGUCAUAAGAGCGAACAUUUAUGAGGAUAGUGUAAUGCUGGGUGCAGUUCACGGGCUGGGAAUGCUGUACGCGGACCAGAGCAAGCUGGGCGAGGCAGAGAAGAUGUACGAGCGAGCGCUGCAAGGAAAGGAGAAGGCACUCGGGGCAGAGCACACAUCGACACUCGACACGGUGGGGAACUUGGGCCUUCUCUACGCGGACCAGGGCAAGCUGGGCGAGGCAGAGAAGAUGUACGAGCGAGCGCUGCAAGGAUACGAGAAGGCACUCGGUCCAGAAAAUGUUACCACUUACGCCCCAGCACUGAACACAAACUGGGGCCUUGGUUCGGUCUUCCAAAGUCAAGGUCAUUUAGCUAAGGCUAGGAUAAUGUACUCGAAAGCCCUAGUAGGAUACGUAAAAGUCGUCGGAAAUGACCAUCCAUACUGUCAGAGUCUGCGGGAGAAUCUAAGGAAAAUAUCCCCGUAGUCGACCAGGAGGAUUCACGGCAAAAUCGGGAGGAGCGAACGUCGCAUUCAAUGAUUAAAGGGAAUGCGGGAAAUGGAAAACGUCAUAGGCUGUUCAGAAAACUCGGCUUAAGGUAGCAGCCCUAUGUUAGGUGCUAAGCCACCUAUACAGUAGAUAGCACUUGCGAGGCUGCAAUCUGCCUGCC